AUGCUUUGGCAGCUGCUUCUGCUGCCCGCGGCCUUGGCGGUGCCGCCUGCAGGUCCGCAUGUUAGUUUCAGCUCGCUGGAGGAGUGCACCGCCGAGUAUGAGCGAGUUGCUGCCCAGUUCCACCAUGCAGAGCAUCGAGCACAGAGUGCCGCAGAAGGCGAUCUGUUGCCGGUCGGCAGUGAUGGUUUCUACAAGGCUUGCCUGCUAGCCUUGACUUGCGUCGUUGGUGCCGCCUUAGCAGCGGGCCUGACGAUGGGACUGGUCUCAAUCGACCCGAUGGAGAUGGAGAUCAUCGUGAAGACAGAAGACAAGGAUAUCAUGGAAGCUUCAGCCAAGGCGAAGCUGAAGAAGGACCAGGCUGCCGCUGAGAAGAUUCUGCCGCUGAUCCACGACCAUCACCUGUUGCUGGUCACCUUGCUCUUAAUGAACUCGAUUGCGAACGAAGCUCUUCCGCUGUUUCUGGAUCAGAUCGUGCCGUCUUGGUUGGCUGUGGUGCUCUCUGUUUCCUUGGUGCUGAUGUUUGGCGAAAUCAUCCCCUCGGCGGUUUUCACCGGCAGCGAGCAGCUGAGCAUGGCCGCUCGCUUCUCAGGGCUGGUGAGCGCCUUCAUGUUUCUGCUCACUCCGGUGGCAUGGCCCAUUGCUAAACUGCUUGACCAUGUUCUCGGAGCAGACCACAAGGGACGGUACAACUUCGCCGAGCUACGUGCGAUCGUUUCGAUGCACGCGGGGCUUCGAGUGGGCACCGAGGAGGAGGACCAGGCCGUUUUCAUGAGCCACGACGAGAAGGGCUUGGGAAUCGUUUGCACUGCGCAGCCGCAUCCCUUCAACAGCGAGAGUGCAGUGAUUUUCACCGAGACCUCUGAGUUCCCUGCCAAGUCAACGAAACUUCAGGUUGGCCAGGUGUACUACACCUUGCCCUGCUCACCCACACACCUGGAAGGUUCCGACACAGGGCAUGACAUGGCUUUCCAGCUGUACAAGACGAGAGACAGGAGUCGGGAGGACUUGAUUACAUUUUUGCCCGGAGAGCUCACAUCGGGUGUCUUCCGGCUACAAGAGAGAGAUGAGAUAAAAAUCAUGCAUGGCGUCAUGAAUAUGACGCACAUGACUGCAGAGGAGGCCAUGACUCCACUCAGUCAGGCUCACAUGUUGGAUGCGGACUCGCUUAUCACGCACGACUCUCUUCGGGAGAUGGACAACUUCGGCCACUCUCGAGUCCCAGUGUAUGCUAGGAGUCCCCAUGAUGUACGUGGGUUUAUUCUGGUCAAAAGGCUAAUCGUUCUUCUACCAGAUCAGCUGAAUGGCUCGCUGAAAUUUGGGGACCUUCAUCUGCUCAAGAUGACUGUGGUGCCGGGGAACAUGCUCAUGUUGGACCUCCUGAACAAGUUUCAGGAGGAGAAGUGUCACCUGGGGCUGGUCACCAGCAAUCCGGAGGCAGUUCAAGAGGCUUGGCAGACAGGGACGCCCAUCCCUCCAGAUGUCCACAUGAAGGGCAUCAUCACCCUGGAAGAUGUUAUUGAAAAGCUCAUCCAGGAGAACAUCGAAGACGAGAGCGACCGUGUUGAGCGCACAGCAACCAUGCGCAGUCUCAGAUCUGCCAUGAACAGUUCCGGCAGCUCGCCUCGGAUCCCUUCGCAGCCUGCACCAGCGGUGUCGAGCCCCAACUCCCUACGGGCCCCCUUGCUCGCAAAGAAGACGGCAAAGGACAAGCUGGAAGUUCCGUACGAUGCAACUGGCCAGGUGUGA